UGUGUGUCCUCGCAAUACCAAACCGAUCUGCAACCCAGGGAGAGCCGGAGAGCCUCGGUUGCCCUCGCCGGGCGCGCCUCUGCCUGCCUCCCUCUUGAGCGCCUUGACGCACCAAAGCCCAGGAUGGGGAGAUGCGGCUCCAUGGAACAAUAAAUGGGGUGAAGCACUGCAGAAGCUUAUCCAGAACCACAGAGUGACGACGACAUGCAGGAGAGUUAUGAGAAUGUGAUCUCUCUGGCAGAGGAAAUUGCAAUCAGCUGGCCCCGGAUAACUGCAUUUGCUGAAUCACACAGGAGGAGAGGCUUGACAUCAGUUUCCUUUCCCAGACCCCAGGAGUUACUGGAUUCUCUCGUUGUUCCAGCAGAUGAUGGGAUGGUGGGUGACAAUGAACAUGGGGAUGAGGAUGAAGAAGGAGGGGAGAAAGAGGAGGUGACCCAACAGGAUGGAGAAAAAAGAGGCGGAGGAGAUGGUGAUGAAGGUGAUAUCACAGUUGGGAAGAUGGAUGCCCAGCAGAAUUCAGUACCAGAAAAGUCCGAGGGGACUCUUGGGUUUGAACAGAAGGCCAGCAAAGAUGUCUCAGCCCAGCCCAGCUCAGGUGAGCAGCUGAAGAAGCCCUUGGGGAAGAAGCAAUGCAAAUCACUCACUCACCGUGGCUUAAAGAAGUUCUCACCACGUGGCCACCAUGGACUGCUAGGCCACACCAGUCGGUGCCAUGAUUGCGGCAAUGGCUUCAGCUUCAGCAAGCGCUCACGGUUGUACACCAGCACAGAAAAACCCUUCAAGUGCAAUGAAUGUGGCAAGUGCUUCCGGCUCAAUUCUACUUUAGUCACCCACCAGCGACGGCACACCAGCACCAAACCCUACCGUUGCGCCGAAUGCGGCAAGAGCUUCAGCGUUGGCUCGGCCUUCAUCCAGCAUCAACGCACUCAUGCAGGCAAGAAGGGCAGCCCAAGCCCGGCCCGGCCCUGUGAGUGCAACGUUUGUGGCAAGAGUUUCAGUCUCCCAGCCCAUCUCAUCAAGCAUCAAAAGCAACACUUGGAGGAAAAGCCCUACAAGUGUGAUGAGUGUGGCAAGGGAUUCAAUUGGAACUCGCACCUGGAGCGCCACCGCCGCAUCCACACUGGGGAAAAGCCUUACGUCUGUGAGGACUGUGGCCGGGCUUUCGCCUGGAGCUCCCACCUGGACCGGCACCGGAGGACACAUUUCGGCAGCACCCAAAUGACUCUCCCUUGCAAAUGCUGCUCAGCUGAGCCAGACAGUCCAGUGAGCAAAGCCAACAACAAACCUUACCAAUGUGACGACUGUGGGAAAGGGUUUGGCAAGAAUGGGGCACUUUCCAAGCACCGGCGGGCUCACCAUGCGGCCGAGAAGCCCUAUGUCUGCAAAGACUGCGGCAAGAGCUUUGGGCUGAAUGGAGCCCUGCUUCAGCACCGCCGGACCCGCCAUCCAGAUGACUCUGCCAAACCUUAUGCCUGCAAGGACUGUGGUAAGAGCUUUGCAUGGAGCUCCCAUCUGGACCGGCACCAGCGCAUCCACGCUGGCGACAAGCCCUACAACUGUGAGGACUGUGGCAAGGGAUUCUCACAAAGCUCCCACCUGGAGCGGCACCAGCGUAUCCACAGGAGCACUGAGCGCCCACCCUGCCACUGCACAGACUGUGGCCUUGUGGGGACUCGCCGGAAACGUCACUGGGGGGCUUUGCUGCCCUGCAAGUGCAGUGACUGUGGGAAGAAUUUCCUCUGGAGGCGUCCAGCCUGCAGCAAGUGUGGGAGAGGUGGGGGGGAAGGGGUGCGCCACCAAGGCACUCAGACUGGCGAGAAGCCCUAUUCUUGCCUUGAUUGUGGCAAGUGUUUUGCCCAGAACUCAGCACUGGCCAAGCACCGCCGCAUGCAUACCGGGGAGAAGCCCUACAAGUGUAAUGAGUGUGACAAGAGCUUCAGCGUGCGCUCCAACCUUUUGAAGCACCAACGCACCCAUCUGGGUGAGAAGCCCUACAAGUGCGGCGAUUGCGGCAAAGGCUUCAUCCAGAAAUCGGACCUCACCAAGCACCGGCGCAUGCACACCGGGGAGAAGCCGUACCGCUGCGAUGUCUGCGGGAAAUGCUUCAGCGUCAGUUCCAACCUCAUCAAGCACCAACGCAUCCACCUGGGCGAGAAGCCCUAUGCCUGCGGGGAGUGUGGAAAGGCCUUCAUCCAGCGCUCAGAGCUCACCAUCCACCAGCGUACCCACACAGGAGAGAAGCCCUACAAGUGCAGUGUCUGUGGCAAGUGCUUCAGCCGCAGCUCCCACCUCAACCGCCACCAGCGCACCCACAGCAAUGACAAGGGCUCUGGGUUAGCUCCCGCCACCUUGCUUUCCACCCACACUACCAAACCUGCCUCAUCCUUGCCCGUCUCUGCUUUCUCAGCCUCUUUUCCUUCACCCGGCUCUCUCCCUAUGCUACCGUCCUUCCCUUCUUCCCCAUCGCCCCUGCCCAUUCCCUCUUUGGACCUGCCCUGGGCCCUCUCGUUCCCCUCCCGAGGUUUCCCACACCCGUCCUUCCCUUCUCCGGCCUCUUCGGGUGCCCAGGCCUCUCCUUUAAUCAACUAGCCUCUCUCGUUUCCUCCACCAGUCUUUUCUCUCUCGGUGCCCUGCCCUUCUUCCUGGCAAACACUUCUCUUCUGCAGAGUCCAUGUUAUCUAAUAGGAGUGGUAAUUGCUGGCACAUGUGUCAGUGAAUCUGUUCUGAAUUUUUGUCAGAAAUUUAAAGGAUCCGUCCAAAGAACUGAACUCAUUUCCCUACAUAGAUUCACUGCUCCAGUGAGAUGAAAGAUGCUGGCCUUUGCUGCCUCCUGUGUGUAUCUUCUCCGUGGUCCCUUUUCUCUGUUUUUUUUCUUUCAGAUUUGUCUUUGCAGCUUUGUGUGGGCCUUCCCAAAAAUCGGGUUGGCCACUUUGGGGACUGGGAUGCUAAAAUAGAUGGGCCUGAUGCAGCACUGGUCUUCUUACAUGUUGAUGUUUCUCAUUGUUCCUCCAGUUGUCAGUGUUUCCUCCAGUUGUCAGUGUUUGGUUUUCUCCCUGAGUUUAAGCCCUUAAUUCUUCUAGCCUUUCUUGCUGUAUGAUCUGGAGCAGGGGUCCCCAAACUACAGCCCGCGGGCCACAUGCUCCCCCACAAAACCAUUUAUCCAGCCCCACAGAGGCGGCCCCCUCCUCCACCGAGGAAGGUGCAUGCGGCACAAGGCUUCGACUCUCAACCUUCCAGUUGGCAAGAUUUAUUGCAGCUUGGUGAUUUACCUGCUGUGCUAAAGCUCAGUUUGGUGAGACUCUACCCCUUGAACUGAUCAUCCCAGUAUCCUAUAAAAUAGAACUGUGGCAGUCAGUGGAAUCAUAAUGCUGUGACUGUAUAGUGUGAAACAGCUCUAUAACAGCAUCACUCAUCAAUGGAGUAAUCAAUUGUAGAUGUUGAUGCCGGAGGUUCACCAAUAAUUGAUGCUGAUGGUGAAAAGGUCUAUUGGCUCCUGGCGGUCUUCAUCAUAUCCCUAAAGAUUAGCAACAUUUCCAGUAACUCUGGUACAAUGGCAAAUGACCCUAUUGCUGUGGUCCCUUGAGAGUGCUUUGUGUUAGAAAGACAUCAGUCUCCCUUUGUCUGUCUCUUUCUCUCUCCAAUAACUUGUUUGCCUCGUUAAAAAAAAAAAAAAAGACGUCAUUCUUCUUAGGCCCCUUCUACACUGCCAUAUAAAAUCCAGACUAUCUGCUUUGAACUGGGUUGUAUGGCAAUGUAGAAGGGGCCUUGAAUUUUUUUUCAUUCAAAAUUGUUCUAGAUUCCCACAUUUCCUGCCAAAAACUUCAGAAGAACUGAGAGAUUAAGAUAAUGACAAAUUGUUUUGUAAAUGGCUUGGUUGUUCACUACAUUGAUCACACAUUUUUGUCCUUUAUGAUUUUACACUGCUUUUAAUUUUUUUAAAGGGCAUUACUUUUAUUCCAGCUGUGUAGGACCUCAUUCUAUAUUUAUAAAAUCAAUGAUUAUGUUAAUUAUAGAAUAUUUACCCCAUCUAACAAAACAUCAAAAUAUCUGGGCGUCCUCUGGGCAUCGUCCUUGCAGACAGCCAAUUCUCUCACACCAGAAGCAAAUUGCAGUUUCUCAAGUCACUCCUGACACGAAAAAACCCCAUCUAAUAUUAAACAUUACUCCCCACCCACUUGUCCCCUAUACUCUACAAUAAAGGAGAAAAAACUAGAUAAAAACAACUAAGAUUAAUCCUCACUUCCUUUUUUAAAUUAUUUAUUGUGAAAAUAUUACUAUCAUCCUGCUAAAUUGUUAUUUUAAACUUCUCUUUUUUAACUUUCAAUCACUUCAUUAUAUAUAAAUAAUCCUCUACAGUGCUUCUUUAAAAUGCUCUAAAGUAGAGUUUCCCAAAUGAUGGUCUUCCAGGUGUUUUGGACUUCAGCUCCCAGAAUCUCAGAUCAUUGGCUGCAGUUUCUGGGAAUUGAAACCCAAUGUACCUGGAGGACCAGAGUUUGGGAAUCCCUGCAAAAAGGAUAAUAGAGUGCAUCAUUGGCCAUUGCCCCAAAGCAUGUUGAAAACAUUCUCCGAAUUUAGGUAUUUUAAAGAAACAGUCCUUUAAUAUGGACGAUAGGAGGACUACAGCUUGAAAGCAGGCAGAUGAUUCGGAGACAUUUUUUGUGGCAUAACUUACAUUAUGACAUAACAUUGCUAUGUCAGCAUGUGCCCAUGAGUUGGUCUCUCUGUCUUGUGGGAAUGGCUCAUCUAAUCAGAUUCUUGCACAAUGUUGGGACAAUGUAAGCACUAAUUAUUUAUGUGGGUGUCUGCAUUGUAAAUAUUGGUUUGGCUACCUCGUUUCACUCUGGGAAAAAUGCCAGCCCAAAGGAACUGUUUCCUCCCACGUCAAGCAAUGUGUAUCUAUUAAGAAAAAAAGGAACAAUUUCACAUUCUCUCCUCUUAACUUUGCCUCUUUCCAGACUGUAUGUGGGGUGAACCCCACUACUCUAUUCACAGGACGUUAUGUUAUCUGAAGACAAGACUUCGGAAACAUCUGAACCCUUGCCUUGAAAGGUGAACUCUUCCAGAUGCCAUUUGACUCCAGAAAGUGCUGAUAUUGACCCACAUUCAUCAGGGAUAUCCUAGUGUUGCAGCUGCAAUUAUGGAUCUGUGGGUUUCUGUGGAAGCUUCAGUAUUGGAAGACAAAUACUGGCUGCUACACUAGCAGAAUGCUUUGAGGUUAGACUACAACUUGGGAUACUUUGAAUCCCUGCUGGGCUUUGAAAAUCCACUGAGUGACCUUGGGCAAGUCACACGUUCAGCCUCAAAGGAAGGCAAGGACAACUCUUCUCUAAGCACUUUUCUUUUGUCAAAAUCUCUUAAGAAUUUCUCCUUUGGGUCACCAUAGCUCAGAAAUGACUCAAAAGCACUCAACCACAACAGCGAUAUUGGGAUUUCUAUAUUGCCUUGUAUAUGAAUCUUUGCUUUUGUAACUUUGUCAUCGUUUCAACCAACUUGGAAAGGCCCGUCUGUUCCUUUGUUGACCUAUGGACUUGAAAUGCAACAGGUUUAAAUUUUGUGCAUUUAAUUAUCUUUUUUCCCCUGGAAUAAUAUUGGAAGGCCAUUACACCAUC